AAACGUUUUACUAUAAAGUAAACAUUGUGUCCAAUAGAAUCUGAGAAACCUCAGAUUAGUUACAGACUCAAAGGAGUUCAGCUUUGAGGAUGAGCGCAACCCAGUGACUUAAGACACAAGCUACUUAAAACGGGACGACUCCAUCUCCUUCUGUCAAUAUCUUAAAUGGAAAGCAAUAAGUCAGAUAAUGAAGUGAUCGCCGUCGUUAGAGGGGAAGCAGCCCGGUCCCUCGGCUGCGCGUGCGGUGGAUCUUUUAACCAUUAAUCAUUGAUGAGCGCAGCCUCCCCCGGAGAGGAAACCCUCGGUCCUGACACCAAACCCGCUGCCGGCGGUGAGGAGCGUCCAGAGGUGCCGAACAGGUCCAGCUCACGUCUGCGCAGCACGGGAACGGGAUUAAGUCGCUCCCGCAGGUGUGUUUUCCAGCAGUGGGCGGCCUCAGUAAAGAGGAUUUUUUUUAAAGGGGGGAGCUGUGAGUUCACUCCUUAAGCGCUCACGGGGACGUUUUCUAGUCACCUUUCAAACACUGAACCACAUCCAGGAGGUUUUAUUCGAGGAGGCCCCCCGUCGCCAUGCUGCCGGCUCAGGAAGCGGCUAAAAUCUACCACACCAACUACGUGCGUAACGCGCGCGCCAUGGGCGUCCUGUGGAUCGUCUUCACCAUCACCUUCGCCGUCAUCACCGUGGUGGUGUUCAUCCAGCCCUACUGGAUCGGGGACAGCGUGCACACGCCGCAGGCCGGCUACUUCGGCCUCUUCCACUACUGCAUCGGGAACGCGCUCACCUCGGAGCUCACCUGCAAAGGGAGCGCGCUGGACUUCGGCUCCAUCCCGUCCGGCGCCUUCAAGACGGCCAUGUUCUUCGUGGGCAUCUCCAUGCUGCUGGUGGUGGGCAGCAUCGUCUGCCUGAGCCUGUUCUUCUUCUGCAACGCGGGCAGCGUGUACAAGAUCUGCGCCUGGAUGCAGCUGGCCUCCAGUACGUGCAUGGUGAUCGGGUGCAUGAUCUAUCCUGACGGCUGGGAUUCGGAGGAGGUGAAGCGCAUGUGUGGCCAGCGGACUGACAAGUACACCCUGGGCAACUGCACGGUGCGCUGGGCCUACAUCCUGGCCAUAAUCAGCAUCAUGGACUCGCUCAUCCUCUCCUUCCUGGCCUUCAGCCUGGGCAGCCGGCAGGACAACCUGCUCCCCGAGGACUUCCAGGUGGAGGAGAAAGAUAACGCAUAGAUGUCCUGUGAGCAGCGGCAAACAGAUGGAAACUGGACAGAUUGAAUGUUUACAUGUAUUCCAAGGAUUCAGGACAGUAAAUAUAUAAGUCAUGGAUUAGGCAGACGACAGCCCUCAGAGUUGUAAGAACAAAGAAAUUGAAUUUAACUGCAAAUGAUCACAAUUUUGAUGGACUGUUCACACAAAACAUGGGCCUUUUGCCUACACAUGACUGGGGGUGUGAAUCUGUGAGAUAAAUGAAAGCUCAGAGAAUGCCCCCAUCCAGAUCUACAGAAAUCAAAUGUUUGGAGACAGAAUGAGAGUUUAAUUGCACAGUAUUUGUCCAUGUGACUUUCAUUUCAUGUUGUCAAAUGUCAUAUUAAAAAAUAAUUUCAAGUCA